UUGUCUGCCUUGUGAGCGGGUUUUCAGAGGUCAGGGCUAGAAAUUUUAACUGGACCUGGCAACCCUCAGCCGAAGGUAGAGUGAUGAAAACCAUUUAAGUUCCUCCCUUCCUGUUCUCCAGAAGCAGUUGUCUGGCGCCAACAAAGAUGCAGAUCUUUGUGAAAACGUUGACGGGUAAAACCAUCACCCUUGAGGUGGAACCCAGUGACACCAUCGAGAAUGUGAAGGCCAAGAUUCAAGACAAAGAAGGUAUUCCUCCUGACCAACAGCGACUCAUCUUCGCUGGCAAACAGUUGGAGGAUGGCCGCACAUUGUCAGACUACAACAUUCAGAAAGAGUCCACUCUUCAUCUCGUCCUGCGUCUGAGAGGAGGUAUCAUCGAGCCUUCCCUGAGACAGCUGGCACAGAAAUACAACUGUGACAAAAUGAUCUGCCGCAAAUGCUAUGCACGUCUUCACCCCCGUGCAGUCAACUGCCGCAAAAAGAAGUGUGGGCACACCAGCAACCUGCGCCCCAAGAAGAAGCUGAAGUAAACUUGCAUCCUUUCAAUCUUUUGUCAAGGUUUUCAAUAAAAUAAAAUGGAAAAGG